AUGGGUGAAAGGGUAAGUGCAGCGGGGAAGUCCAGACUCCCCUUUUCACGCACGGCCUCGUACCCCAAAUUUACAAACUACGCCACAACAGAAUACGGAGAAAAAUACCGCAAAAUUGAAAAUGUGGCCACCGACUCUCCGUCCGCGGCGAUAAAAGGUGCGCAGGCGCCGUUGCAGCCAUCAAUCGCCGCUGAAAACCCGAGGGCGCAAAGCCUCGGCGUGAGCGAGACAGCCAGUAGUGCCAGAGCGUUGUAUGGCCAGGGAGUCCUGGACGCUGGGCUUAGUUCGGCGGGAUCCUGCAGUGAUGUCAGCGAAUGCGACGGACGGGAAGUGUCCCGGCUGUCUCAGGAUAUCGCCGAGGCCUCCUUCUGGGCGUGGUCGUCCUCCUCCUCAGGGUACCAGAGUGGCGUGGGCACUUCGGAAGUUAGUACGGGUGACCCGCCUGCAUCGGACGACUCUUUGACUGCUGAUGAGAUUGGUGACGACGACAAUGACGAUGACAGCGACUGGGGCGAGGAUGAGUGGCCGCUGGACCGCGCCCUGCCCCUCCCGGAGUGGGGGUGCGAGAGGCCGGAACUCAACUUUGAGAAUCUGGAGAACUACGAAAGGUUCCUGGGGCAAGUGAGCCUCCAUCUUCGCCACGUCCUCUCGGCGCACAGCUAUGAUACCGUCUCCAACUUCAUCCUGUUCAGCAAGGAGUACGUCUUGGCACGAGAAGAGUACCCGGACCUUGAGGAAUUCUACAGGGACUAUGAUCCUCCAAUCUUACCCGGGCGCUACACGUGCGUAGGCCUGGCUUGUGAUCUCACGACUAGACUCUCUGCUCUUGAGAUCCACUAUCCUGGUCUCAAGGAUUCUGUCUACCAGGUAUCGUGUGAGGAGGAGGUAGACAACGCUGAGUGGUACUGCUCCACCGAGGUCCCGCCUGUCAACACCUGCGAGAAGGAGCACGUGUUAGUCUGCGUCCGCAUCCGCGUGUCAGGCCGAGCAGGUGUCCUGCUGCUAGAUCCUGGCUACCACGUCGGCGUCCCAAUCACAGUAAUGGAGGAUGGCCAGGCCCCGCAGACGGGAGCCAUAACGGCCAACACCGCACGCCCGGAGGUGGUGAGGACCUACCGGUACAGUUACUGGCCCGACAACCCCGCCUUCGUGUCGUGGGAGGUGACGGAGGAGCGGGAGGGGAAGGCGCCUCACCAUCACAUCAGCUUGAUACACAUUGCGCGACCCUUCCUCUCUGGCGUAGACGUCGCGGAGCGCCGCAACCUCGUCUACCCCUUUAAGACGCUCGUUGGACGUGACCAGAAUGGACGCCUCACUUGCGGCCUCUACUUUCCUUUGCGGGAAUGUUCUCGAACCACAGUCGGAGCUCUUGAGGAAAAGGUGAAGGCGGCGGUCUCGGGCGUGGCCAGAGGAACAGGAAGAUCGGCACAAGACAUCCGCUCGUCCCUGGUCGCUGUGGCAAACUUACUACACGACAGCGGACUCCUCAAGCAGCUGGAGGAUCUGAAUGAGGCCAUUAACGAUAUCAGCAAGGAUAAUUAG